CCUUCCCCUUCCCGACCCGACACGACCCGAACCGGGAGAUCCUCCAGAUCAAGCCGCCUAGCCUAGGGCCACGCUGCCACCCACCCACCACCCAUGGCCGAGGUCGCCGAUGCGCCCCGCCGCGCGGCGCCUGGGUCCUCCCCCUCCCCUCCUCAUGCGCCCUCCUCCGCCGGCAGCAGCGGCGACCGCAAGCGCGGCCGCUCCUCGCCCGUGCUCCCGCCGCCUCCCCCCGGCCCCCCUCCGCCGGCGGCGCAAAACAAGCGGCACCGGACAGAAGGAGGUGGGUUCGACCGGCGCCGUCUUGGCGGCGGGCAGGACGACAGGAGGUUUGGGAAUGAUCAUGGUGGCCAGGGUCGACACAGCAAUCGUGCACCAGAUUGGCAUGAUUCUGGACGUGGUGGAUGGAAUGAAGGAUCAGGGAACUCCCGUAGGGAAGGCCUGAUGUCUUACAAGCAGUUCAUGCAGGAGCUUGAAGAUGAUGUUUCACCUGUUGAAGCUCAAAGCAGAUAUGAGGAGUACAAGUCAGAGUACAUCACAACUCAGAAGAAAGCUUACUUUGACCUUCAUAAGAAUGAAGAUUGGUUGAGAAACAAGUACCAUCCUACUAACCUUGAAUCUGUUACGGAAAGACGGAACGAACUUGCGAGAGCUACUGCAAAUGAAUUCUUUCAAGAUUUGCAGAGCGGAAAUUUUGACACUGGUCCAGGAUUAACGAGUUCGGCAGCGAACAAAUCUGGAAAUAGUGACAUGAAUGUUAACGGGAAAAAGGGGAAACUUGGAAAGGACCCCGAUGAUUUAUAUUAUUCUGCUCCCAAGGCUCAUCCAGUCAGUUCUGAGCCUCGGCGAAUUAGCAUUGACAUUGAACAAGCUCAAGCUCUCAUCUGUAAACUUGAUUCUGAGAAGGGCAUUGAGAACAAUGUUCUAUCUAGUAGUGAUGACGACAAAGCAGGCAGUGGAUCACAUGGUUCAAUGGGCCCAAUUGUAAUAAUACGGGGUGCAUCUACUGUGAAGGGUCUUGAAGGUGUUGAGUUGCUGGACACUCUUGUCACUUAUUUGUGGCGUAUCCACGGUGUGGAUUAUUAUGGCAUGUCUGAGACAAAUGAGCCAAAAGGCCUAAGGCAUGUGAAAGCAGACUCAAGGACAUAUGAUGGGGCUAGCUCAAAUACAGCUGAAUGGGAGGAAAAACUUGAUUCAUUCUGGCAAGACAGGAUUCAAGGUCAGGAUCCAUUGGAAAUAUUGAAAGCAAAGGACAAGAUUGAUGCAGCUGCUAGUGAAGUGUUGGAUCCACAUGUCAGGAAAAUAAGGGAUGAGAAGUAUGGAUGGAAAUAUGGUUGUGGAGCUAAGGGGUGCACAAAGCUUUUCCAUGCUUCUGAGUUCGUCACGAAGCAUCUCAAACUCAAGCAUACUGAUUUUGUGGUGGAGCUGACUUCAAACGUGAGAGAGGAUAUUUAUUUUGAGAACUAUAUGAACGAUCCCAAGGCGCCUGGGGGAACACCGAUCAUGCAACAAUCUGCUCCAAGGGAAAAGGGCAGACAGCGGCCACCGAUUGAGAGUCGGCUGAGAGAUGAACGUGGCCGUAGAUUCGACAGAAAUGCUGAUUCAUCAAACCCUGAUGGAUCCAGUGAAAACCCUGAUGAUCCAAUGUAUGAUUCUUAUGGUGAUCCGGCUGUACAUGGCGCCUUUCCUCCAGAUAUUCCAGCUCCUCCAAUGCUGAUGCCUGUGCCUGGUGCUGGCCCACUAGGACCGUUUAUUCCUGCUCCACCGGAAGUUGCAAUGCGUAUGCUGAGGGAGCAGGGUGGGCCACCACCUUUCGAGCCAAAUGCUGGUCCCCGUCCUAGGAAAGCAGGAAGGGGUGGUGGUCCCCCAGUGGGUGGUCCAUCACCAAUCCUUAGUGCUCCACUUCCUAUAAUGCAUGAUCCACGUAUGCAAGAUCCACGCAUGCAAGAUCCACGUAAAAUACGAAGCUAUCAAGAUCUUGACGCUCCUGGAGAUGAAGUGACCGUUUUGGACUACCGGAGCCUGUAGGCGUGUGCUGUACGACCUUUUAAUCUUUGAAACCGUGGAAGAUACCACCACCGCAAAGGGACCUUGCUGAUAUCUAGUAGUUUCACGGUGGUGGAGUAACAUGCGGACGGUGUAUUUCCAACAGAAUUUUUUAUCUUUUCAAAAUUCCUACCACCUAGAGUAGAGGUCUUCUGCUGCCGUAUCCAGAAUUCAAGACCAAAUAUUCCUCACUGUGUAUGCAAUCUGUAAUUUAUAUACAGGCAAACGGUUGGUAGAUGGAAA